AAUAAAUGUCAUUGACCGAGUUAUCACACGUAGGGUUUCUAAUUGGAUUAUGUGCUAAAAAUUGGUUUUUGGUUAAUUUCAUUACGUCUAUUUAAUAACUAGAAAGCAAGAUGUGGUUGGACGAAGCGGACGGCUUCGCCGAAAUAUUUAGAGGCUAUUUGCCAUACUAUCUCCUAGUUGCUCUGCCUAUUUUUAUCAUCAUGUCUCCUGUGAACCCAGUGGCGGCUUCUCAUGAGUUCUCGGUCUACAGAAUGCAACAAUACGACCUCCACACCGUCCCUCACGGCUGCCGCAGCUCCAGCAUCAAUCUCGAAGGCCGCUCGCUCACAUCCUGGAGCACCUCUCGCCACUGCGUGGUGGCUAGAGUCCAGGACGUCAGCAUCGACCAGUUCAUGGAGAUCCGGGCCAAAGCCGGAGCCCUGCUCCUGGUUCUGCCCAAGAAUGACACCAUUCUUACGCCUGAAGAGAAAGAGCACAUCCAACUCCUAGAGAUGGCUAUGAUCCAGCAAGAAGUGAACGCUCCAGUCUACUUCGCACAGUGGGCGCCAGAAUUUGAAGACAUCAUCCAAGAUCUGCAGCACAGCAUGAUCACCGAUGACAAGUCCGGCACUGCUCUCGAGGCUAUGUUCAACGGGGUGUCUUCUAACGGGUAUCAGAUUGGUAUGUGUCUUGUGGAAAUGGUAUUGAAAUGAUUUCUCGUCGUUUUUAGGGUUCCGUAGUCCUGACAAGGAACCUGUAGCCGCCAGCGACCACAAUAAAAAUCGUCUUCGAAUCGAAACAAUGAAUGUUUGCAGCCGAAGUCACAAGCAAUAACUUUCAGCACAGAAACACCACAUUGGUCAUCAUAAUAGAAACAGGAAUGUGGCCCUGACAAGAGCCGUUGCAUAGCUCUGAGAAGAGCUGUUUCGUUGUGACCACUGCACGUCGCACCGUCCCUCAUCGCAGCACCAGCACCGCUCGCACCACUGUCACCAAGCAGCAUCACCAACGCCCACGCGUGGAGCGGCGAGCCGCGUGGGCACGCGCCGCGUCGCGCUCCGGUACACGCGUGCGUCCUGCGCCGCUGCCCGCCGUCGAAAAGAUCGAGGCUGGGGGCAGCGGGCACUCCAGUCGACACCUCCCCUCGCACUCCGCGCGCGCGCCGCGCGACAAGGAGGUAGCGUGAGAGCGAGACAGAAGACUCGCGCCGCACUCGGAACACUGCGCGAACCCGGUGACAGAGAGACAUCGUGGGAGCGAGACGACAAGAAUAUAACAUCAAACGGCGAUUGGUCAAAAUGUAUGGUUGCUUAGGUAGUCUAGUUGUACAUAAG